AUGGGGUCGUCGCAGUCAACAGAAAGAGAAAAUGCGCUUAGCAUGGGGCGGCUACGAGAAGAUAUGAAGCUCUACAAGCUGGUCGACAUGCAUGGUGGUGGAGAGCUAUUACCUUGUGGAGACUACUCGUUGAUCGAUGGCUACAUGGAAACGAAAGUGCGAGACUCCAUGUACAAUCAAGGAAAGGGCAAGCUAGUUACUGUAACCGAGCUCGUCAAAAUUCGAAACAAGGAGAGAAAUGACCGACUAAGUGCAUUCUCUAGGAAGAAAGGGAAAGGAAAGAGUGGUCCAAACGUACUGGAUGAGUUCAAGCAAGAGGGAGAAAACGUUGGAGACCUGAAAAAAGCUUUGAAGCUGCUCGAUGGUGGAGGAAAAGGAGGAAGGGGUGAAUCAAAGUACAGAGAAAUCGCUUGGAAAUUGGAAGAAAGAGGUGCUAUGGGGGAAACGAUAAUAGGUAUAUGCCUGCUUCAAGGAACUGACAUCCACAACAAAUUAGCAAUGAAAAUAAUUGAAACAUUUCCAAAACUUGUAAACGAUAUCAAUAUAUCGGAGGACUUCUAUGGGCUUUCACCUCUCCAUCAAGCCGUCAUCAAUCAGGAUUGCCAUAUGGUCUACGUACUGCUCAAGCGGGGUGCUGACGUGAACAUCCGAUGUUAUGGUGCUUUCUUCUGUGCUGAAGACCAGAAAGCGGGUCGCACAGAUUCACUUGAACACGAAUACGUUGAAUUGUCGCUGAAGACUAAUUAUACUGGUCAUAUGUAUUUUGGUGAAUAUCCACUGUCCUUCGCCGCCUGCAUGAACCAUCCAGAUUGUUAUCGGCUUCUUAUCGCUUUCAAGGCUAACCCAAAUGCUCAAGAUACUAAUGGCAAUACUGUUCUUCAUAUGUGCGUAAUACACGAAAACAUGGACAUGUUCCGACUUGCGAUGGAGUCUGGAGCUCGAAUCAAUAUUGCAAAUAAACAGAAUCUUACUCCUUUAACGCUGGCUGCAAAACUAGCGAAGAAGCAGAUGUUCAUGGAGAUCUUGGAACUGGAAGGUGGUUCCGUAUGGGCAUAUGGAGGAGCUGCCUCAACUGCUUAUCCGCUUUCAAAAAUCGACACAAUAAACGAGGUGACAGGAGAACUGAACGAAGCAAGUGCAUUGUCACUAGUAGUAUACGGGGAAACGAAAGAGCACCUGGAUCUUCUCGAUGGACUUCUUGAGACAGUUCUAGAAGCGAAAUGGCAAGCAUUCGGCAAAAGAAGAAUGCUGCGUUCACUGAUGGCAUUCACACUGUACUACAUGUUCCUCGUUCUAUCAUUCGUCCUGCGCCCAAUUGCCAUGUCAACUGCGGUGGGAAAACGCAACAUAGCAGAAAUGUAUUCUCAUCUCAAUACUUCAUUUACAGAAGUUUCCAUGGCGCAGUGCCACCUACGAAACUACUGGGAUGCAAAUCUCUCUGUGUGGCAUGGAUGGAUCCGCUUGGCAUCUGAAUCAGUGGUUCUCAUUUGUGUGAUUAUUCAGUUGUUUUUUGAAAUCAAAGAUGUAAAACGAAUAGGACGAGGAAAGUGUCAUCUUCUUUUCUUAAAUUUUUAUUUAAGUCCAGAACUUCUAGUUGUCGACAAUCUUCUGGCCACUCUGGUUAUUUUAUUCACGUCUGUUCAUUACCUAUACUACUGCCGGGCUGUAAAGUUCGUUGGACCCUUUGUUCUAAUGGUCUACACCAUUAUCGCGACAGAUAUUCGACGAUUCUUAAUGAUAUACGGAAUCUUCCUUAUAGGUUUCUCACAAGCAUUUUACUUGGUGUUCUUGAGCUGUGAGCGUGCCGAGGAAGAACAACAUCCCAGUUACAAAGACCAGGACAGAUUCCAAAACGUCAUACAGAAUCCAGCAGAAGCCUUCAUACGUACCUUUAUUUUAACCAUUGGAGAAUUCACUGUUCUCUACAGGAACUUGGCUAUGUGCCCAGCAAGAGUGAUGGUUUGGAUUGGUAAAGCAAUCUUUCUAAUAUUCGAGCUUGGAGUUUCUAUACUGCAAUUUAAUCUGCUGAUCGCUAUGAUGACGAGAACUUACGAAACAAUAUUCCGUACGAGGAAAGAAUACAAGCGGCAGUGGGCUCAAGUGAUAUUGAUGCUCGAGCUCUCCUUAGCGCCGAAAGAUCGACUCAUGUACCUCCUACAGUACUCACGUCCAACGGGAACAAACAAAAAAAUACGGAGUUUCGUUGUCAACAAGAACGCUUAUGUAAGUCGAUAUCAAUGUUUCCAAAUUCUCUGUGUACACGAAAAUAUCUUCCACGUAUUACAGCAAAAUAAAACGCCAGAAGAGGUAACACAGUUAAAAGAAGAAAAGGCUAAAAAGAUUAUCGAGGAAAGAAAGGUGUUAUUGAAGCGACGGUUGAAGGUAAGUUUUCGAACAACAUAA